CACUCAACACGUAUAGUACUAACUCUCCCUUUUCAUCUCCAUCUUCUUCUCCGAUCCACACUUCCGAUUCCCCACAUUGCUGACGAGCCAAGGAUCGGAUUUCCAGGAUUCUGCAGGUCUGAUCUAACAACAACAACAGCCAGCGUACUACGUUGUUUCGUCGUCGUCGUCGGCCAAUUAGCUAAGCAUCAGCAUGGGCAGCGGAGGAGGAGUUUUGAGCGAGGGUGUAUUGAAGAAGAUCGUCCUCUCCUACACCUACGUCAUCAUCUGGAUCUUCCUCUCCUUCUCUGUCAUCGUCUACAACAAGUACAUCCUGGACCGCAAGAUGUACAACUGGCCUUACCCAAUCUCCCUCACCAUGAUCCACAUGGCUUUCUGCUCCUCCUUGGCUUAUCUCCUCGUCCGGGUCUUCAAGCUCGUCGACCCGGUCUCCAUGUCUUGGCCGCUCUACCUUAAAUCCGUUGUCCCCAUUGGUCUCCUCUACUCCCUCUCCCUUUGGCUCUCAAACUCCGCCUACAUUUACCUCUCUGUCUCGUUCAUCCAGAUGCUCAAGGCCCUCAUGCCCGUCGCGGUCUACUCCAUCGGCGUUAUCUGCAGCAAAGAGUCUUUCAGCCCUGACACCAUGCUCAACAUGCUCUCCAUCUCCAUCGGGGUGGCCAUCGCGGCUUACGGGGAGGCCAAGUUCGAUUCUUGGGGGGUGAUUUUGCAGCUCGGAGCGGUGGCGUUUGAGGCCACCAGGCUCGUCAUGAUCCAGAUUCUCCUCACCUCUAAAGGUAUCACGCUUAAUCCCAUUACCUCCCUUUACUACGUGGCGCCGUGUUGCUUUGCAUUCUUGUUUGUGCCGUGGGUCAUGGUGGAAUACCCGGAUUUGAAGGAGAAUUCCAGCUACCAUUUGGAUUAUAUGAUCUUUGGGACCAAUUCUUUCUGUGCUUUUGCUCUGAAUCUUGCUGUUUUCCUGCUGGUUGGGAAGACCUCGGCUUUGACUAUGAAUGUGGCUGGGGUGGUUAAGGAUUGGAUGUUGAUUGCGUUCUCAUGGUCUGUGAUUAAGGACACUGUCACCCCUAUCAACUUGGUUGGGUAUGGGCUGGCUUUCAUGGGGGUGGCAUACUAUAAUCACAUAAAGUUGCAGGCUCUCAAGGCCAAAGAAGCACUGAAGAAGAGUGGAGAGAAUGAUGAUGAUCAGGAGUCUGGCAAGUUGUUGAUGCAGGAAAUUAGGGAAGGGGAGAAUAAUAAUGCAAUUAAAUCGAACGGGGAAUGAUUGAUGAUAUGAUGAUCUUUGGAUUCAAUGGUGCUGACAUUUUUGGUAGGUUAGGAGGGAAUUGAAACUGAUGAUAUGAUAUGAUCAGGCAAUAUAAUGGGUUGGUUGUUCAUCAAAGAUGAUUUAAUUUUAGGGUUUGAAUUCUAGUUAUGAGGUUGUAGGGAGUUGUUGUUCUUUCAUUCCACUGCCCAUUUUGUCUGUUGAGUUUUAUGGUGUUCAGUCAUAGAGGUAGUAGUACUCAAUUCAUGUUGUUAUGUGUGCAUGGUACCAGGGAGUCUGAGAUUUACAUGUUGCUAGGAACCAUAUAUGGCUUCUUGCCCUUUUCACUUGGUCUUAAUUGAUGUAAUAUCCAUCUUGGAUCUCUUA